AUAACUUCUGCGUCGCCGGGGAAAAAGAAUAAAGACCGAAGAACAUUGAGAGCUUUAGAAUCGGAGAUCAACAAUGGCGAAUCAAGGAGCUAAGAAACGAAAGGAAGAGAACGCGAAACACAUGAACAAGCUUCGUCAACUCAUCAUCGCUUCCAAUGUUGUGUACUUCGUUGUGAGGAUGCUGAUUUAUCAUUCGAGCUUUACUUGGAAACACUGGAUCGGCUUAGUGAUAACUUCGGUGGCUUACGCGUUUCCUUAUAAGCAGCUGAAUCAAAUGGCGAAACCUAGUGUUACAGAUGAUGGUGAGCUUAUCGAUGGUGGAUUUGACAUGACCACUGGUGGGAUUUGUGGAUACUUGCAUGAUGUUAUCUAUAUCACUUGCUUUGUUCAGUUAGCUUCUAUCAUCUCUGGAAAGUUUUGGUACAUGUAUCUAGUGAUACCUGCGUUUGGAGUGUAUAAAGCGUCUGGUCUUAUUCGAGGAUUUAUGUCACAAGGCUCAGAGGGAGGUGUCGAAGAUGAAAAAUCUCGUAAAAAGAGAGAGAAGAUGGAGAAGAAAGCUUCGAGAGGGCCAGUCGUCAGGACGAGAGCGAGAUGAGUGUGUUCUUGUGGAAUACAUACAACAUGAAAUUGGGGAAUGUUCUUCAAACUAUAAAAUUGGUAAACUCCCUAGGCUUUGUGAAUCCCUUUUACAUGAAGAUGUUUUAUGUUUACAAUAUUUACUUUGAUGGGGAAUAGUCAUCGAGUAGAACA